CUCUCUCAAUCAACACGCCUAAGCAAACCUCCGUCGUCCCCCAAUUUCAGCCCUCUCUUCCACCCGUCUCCACCACCACUUCCUCUCCACCGAACCACCGCGUCGCCAUCGCCGUAUCCGCCUCCGUUCGAUCCCUCCUCCGGCAUCGAGUUCCGCCGUCAAUUUUCCCCGAGGGGCAUCGAGAGGGUUUUGUAGGGGCGGGCGAUCGACCAUGUUUAACCGGCUCUUCGGGAAACCUAAGCAGGAGACCAACGCUCUCACCACGUUGGACAAGUUGAACGAGACACUUGAAAUGCUGGAGAAAAAGGAGAAAGUUCUCAUAAAGAAGGCUUCUCAAGAGGUUGAGAAAGCGAAGGAGUUCACUAGAGCAAAAAAUAAAAGGGCGGCAAUUCAAUGCUUGAAGAGGAAGAGGCUGUAUGAACAGCAAGUUGAGCAGCUUGGAAAUUUCCAACUUCGGAUUCAUGAUCAGAUGAUAAUGUUGGAAGGAGCAAAAGCAACAACUGAGACUGUGGAUGCUCUGAGAACUGGAGCAGCAGCCAUGAAAGCAAUGCAGAAGGCGACAAAUAUUGAUGAUGUGGACAAGACCAUGGAUGAGAUAAAUGAACAAACGGAGAACAUGAAACAAAUUCAAGAGGCAUUGUCAACUCCUAUUGGUGCAGCCGCUGACUUUGAUGAGGAUGAGCUUGAGGCAGAGCUUGAAGAACUGGAAGGCGCUGAGUUGGAAGAACAGCUCCUUCAGCCUGCCACAACAGCUCCAGCUGCUCCAGUGCAUGUCCCAGCUGGUCCGCGUCCAUCCCGCCCAGUUCCUCAGAGGACAGCCGAGGAGGAUGAACUUGCUGCUUUGCAGGCUGAGAUGGCACUUUGAGCAGGUCUUGCUGCUCAUAAUUAGACUGAGGCUGUGUAAAGACCUGGCCAAACCUGUAAUAUGGACAUUCCUGCUGCUGUGCUGCUGUGCAUAGGCAUGAAUAUUUUUCCGUGGAUCCAUACUGAAAAGACGUGUAGAUAAAGGUGGCAUGAUUCAAAAGAUGUCCCCCUUUGAGACCUGUAUUCUGAUUUCUGGUGCUUCUAGUGUGGUCUCUCUUUUUUAAUUUCAACUUCAUGUCGAACAUCAAACUUCUCCUUAUUGUUUGGAAGACAACUCUAGAUAUCUCAGGUUAGAUUUUUAUUUUCCCUUCGUGUGCCACUGUUAAAAUUAAUGCAAUGUCGAAUCGCUGAGGGGGGCUUGCUCAUCAUAA